UGUCAUCCUGGCUGUCCAUAAAUGAUAGAGCCGUUGUGGUCUAUACUGUACAAAUGGUGCAGUCAAUCUAAUGUUACUGGGUCAUCCUGCCUCUCUAUAAAUGAUAGAGCCGUUGCCCGUUGCCGUCUAUACUCUAUACUGGACACAUGGUGCAGUCAAUCUAGUAAGCUUGUAGCCCCGGACUUGUAAAGCUAAUAGGCAUCACCUCUGAAUAGCUAUGAAGGAAGCGAGCGGCGUUCGCAUGGUUACCGGCGACGGCGAAAACAGCUACGCCGCAAACUCCAGGCUUCAGGAGAAGGCCAUUUUGGAGACAAGGCCGGUGCUUCGCAAGGCCAUACAAGAGGUAUGCACGUCGCCCUCCGCCCGACGGAGCACCAUGGUCGUCGCUGACCUCGGCUGCUCAUCGGGUCCCAACACUCUGAGCUUCAUCUCCGAGGUUAUCGGUGCGGUCCGCUCCUGCACUCGGAAGUCGGAAGAAGAACGGCGGGCCGUGGAGGUCCAGUUCUUCCUGAAUGACCUGCCGGGGAAUGACUUCAACCUCGUCUUCCGGUCACUGGAGCAAUUUGAGAAUCUCAGCAGGAAAGAUACGCCGCCCUACUAUGUGGUAGGACUGCCCCGAUCAUACUACAGGAAGCUUUUCCCUUCCCGGAGCGUCCACUUCUUCCACUCGUCCUACUCCCUCAUGUGGCGCUCUAAGGUGCCGGAGGAGCUCUCAAGUUGCACUCACUUGAACGAAGGCAACAUCUACAUUGGAAAAACAACUCCACCUAUGGUGAUUAAGCUAUUCCAAGAACAAUUCCAAAAGGACUUUGAGUUGUUCCUUACAUUGCGUUUCAAAGAGCUUGUCAGUGGAGGUCGAAUGUUGCUAACGUUUCUUGGCCGAAAGAAUGAAGAGAUGAUGACGCAUGGGGAGGUUGGCACCUUGUAUGAAUUGGUUGCUGAAUCUCUCCUGUCUUUGGUACUAAAGGGUCGUGUGGAGAAGGAGAAGUUGGAUUCAUUCAACGUGCCAUACUACACCCCAUCCGUGAAAGAGGUCCGGGAGUUGAUCAACAAGAGUAGGCUCUUCGACAUCGAGCAUGCUAGACUCUUUGAAUCCAACUGGGAUCCUCAGGAUGACUCGGACGGUGAUGUGGUACUAGAUUAUGCUGGCAGCGGGGCAAAUGUCGCCAAUUGCAUAAGGGCGGUGCUGGAGCCGCUAAUCGUAGACCACUUUGGGGAGGACAUUAUUGAUGACUUGUUUGUGGUGUUUGCCUCCAUCGUUGCAAAGCAUCUAGAGAAAGCAAAGGCUAAGUACCCCAUCAUCGUGUUGUCACUGAAGAAGGCCAUGUAAUGGACAUAGUUUACUUAGUGGUAUAUGCAGGUAUUGUAAGGUAUUGUAAGUGGGAGGCAUGAUAUGGUUAAAUAGUUUAAUUUGUGGUAUAUGAAGAAUAUUAUAAGUGGGAGACAUAUUAUGGU